AAAAAAAAAAAACCCUUGGGAGCCCGAGUGCAGCUGCUGAUGGUGGUGGUGAGUCAGUCGCCUCAGCAGCUGCAUCAGAUGAUUGACUGUUUGUAAAGUAAACAACUUGGAUCACUCGACACACAAGGACCGGUUUUUAUUCCGAAAAGAAUCUCUCCCAAUAUGAAGGACGUCUCAUUCGUGGAUCAUCUCUUUGUUGGUUUGGUCAUGGCCUGUCUUGUUGGGGCCACCGAGCCGGACUGCCCCAGGCUCUGUGUGUGUGAGGUGAGGCCCUGGUUUUCCCCCAGUUCUGUGUACAUGGAGGCACAGACGGUUGACUGUAAUGACGUGGGACUCUUUAGCCUCCCGGACAAUUUACCCAUAGGCACACAAGUACUAUUACUGCAAACCAACAAUGUGGCAAAGAUUGACAAACCCCUGGACUACCUAAAAAACAUCACAGAGAUUGAUUUAUCGCAAAACAACUUGUCAUCGAUCAGUGACGCCAUUCUGGGGACCCUCCCUCAGCUGCUCUCCCUCCACAUGGAGGAGAACUGGAUACAAGAGUUGCCUGACAAUUGUCUAGCGGAGGUGGCUAACCUUCAAGAGCUCUACAUAAAUCACAACCUAAUAUCCCACAUCGCUCCCAUGGCUUUCCAGGGCCUCAGCAACCUCGUCCGUCUCCAUCUCAAUUCCAACAAACUGAAAGUCAUUCAAAGAGAAUGGUUUGCACCAAUGCCAAAUCUGGAAAUCCUUAUGAUUGGUGAGAAUCCAGUUCUUUCACUCGACGACAUGAAUUUCAAACCCCUGGGCAACCUACGCAGCCUGGUUCUCACCAGAAUGAAUUUGUCGCAGCUGCCGGACGACGCGCUGAUUGGGCUUGAUAACCUAGAGAGCAUUUCCUUCUAUGAUAACAUUUUCCCCAAGGUGCCGCAUUCAGCCCUGCGAAAGGCGAAAAACCUCAAAUUCCUGGAUCUGAAUAAAAAUCCCAUUGUGAGAAUACAAAGAGGGGACUUUGUGGAUAUGCUUCAUCUCAAAGAGCUGGGCAUUAACAGCAUGCCAGAACUGGUUUCCAUCGACAGUUUUGCCCUCAAUAACCUCCCUGAGCUGACCAAGAUUGAAGCUACCAACAAUCCCAAACUCUCCUACAUUCAUCCUAACGCUUUCUACAAACUACCAAGGCUGGAAACUCUCAUGCUAAACGGCAACGCGCUAAGUGCCCUCCACAGGAUUACCGUUGAGUCUCUCCCGAAUCUCAGAGAGGUUAGCAUGCACAGCAACCCCAUUCGCUGUGACUGUGUGGUGCGCUGGAUGAACAUGAACAAGACUAACCUUCGCUUCAUGGAGCCCGAUUCCCUCUACUGCGUGGAGCCUCCGGAGUAUGAAGGGCAGCAUGUCCGACAGGUGCACUUCAGGGAGAUGAUGGAGAUUUGUCUUCCUCUUAUCUCCCCCGAAAGCAUGCCUAAACACAUCAUAGCAAAGAACGGAAGUUCAGUAUCACUGCAUUGUCGUGCGUUUGCCGAGCCAGAGCCGGAUAUCUACUGGAUCACCCCAUCUGGGGCAAGGGUUCUGCCUAAUACCGUCUCUGAGAAGUUCUACAUGCACCCAGAGGGAACCUUUGACAUCUAUGACGUCACAGAAAACGAGGCAGGUCUUUACACGUGUGUUGCCCAUAAUCUGGUCGGAGCUGAUCUUAAAUCUGUUUCCGUGGAGGUGAAUGGAUAUUUCCCCCAACUUGUGAAUGGUUCUCUUAACGUCACGGUGAAAUCCGUGGAGACCAAUUCGGUCCUGGUUUCUUGGAAAGGUGUUUCUGGCACACUUGCCCCCACCAUCAAGUGGUACACUCUGUCGGAUGCCAACCACCCCACUAUAGCGUUCACCACCAGAGUUCCUUCUGACGUCCAAAGCUACAACCUCACCCACCUCAGCCAUGCCACUCGCUACAAGGUAUGUGUGGAAGUACGCAGCGUCCGCUACACCCAAGACACCAAAUGUGUCAGUGUCACCACGAAGGGAUUAAGGCUGGCAGCCAAGGAUACAGAAAGAUGGGAUGCAGCAGUAAUUACUGUCUUUGGUGUGCUCUUGGCUGUGAUUUCAGUAGGCAGCCUGCUUGUUUAUGUGUCUCUGAGGAACCACCACCUUUAUGGGGAUGUAAGAAAAUGCGACUCCCAAGCUUUGCUGAAGCCAGUGGAAGCCGCCCGUGUUCGCUCUCCAUUCUUUGCCAGGCUGUGGGUUUCGGGUAAGAGACUGCCAAGUGGAGUGGAAGUGAAAGCCACGGUCAUAAAUGUAUCUGACAAUGCCUUUUAAGACGUGCAGCUUUGUUGAGCACUACACCAACUACACUGAACGGACAAAGCCACGGGCAGGAGCGAACUAUUGUGUCGUACCGUUUGAGAGACAAACCCACUAAUGGUCCCCCGGCCUUAGACUUUGACGGAAACUAUUUAUAGGCGGGAAUGGGACUGUUUAAAAUAGACUACACGCUGCUCCAGUUCUGACCUUAACUGAAGUGUUGGCUUUGUAUCUGAUGCAUUAAUCUACGCUCACAUCAAACAGGAAGGGGCAUUUACUCAAAAGUAUAUAUAUAUAUUUUGGUACAUUCAUGCAAAAAUGCAGGAAAAAGGCGGCGAAGGUUGACGGUGUAGUGGUGACGACGGUAAUGGUCAACUCUCUUGUUUUUGACUGUUAAAUGUGUUCAGAGUUGUGGAACUGUCUGUGUGGUCCCAAGCAAUACCGUCUGUGCUUUGUCGAACAUCCAUAGACGAGUUAGAGAGUUACAGUUAUAACACCCGUCUAUUAUGAGGAGGGAGAUUUCGUAGAGUAGACAAAAAUACCAGUGACUAUGGUGUAAGCCUUUUGCUGAAACAGUAUAGCCCCCGCCCCUCACUUUUUCUAUUUAAAAUGGAUUCCUGAUUUUUUUUUUCAUGAAAAUACUGUUAGAUAUUGUAUUAUGUUGAUGUAAUGACAAUUUCUCUGUACCUUGAACAGCUUGGACGUCAACUGGAACGGGCGUUUUUUUAAAAAAACGCUCUUAUUGCUUAUCGUUAUAUUUGACUGGGACUGAGCGGGAGACAUGUGGCCAUGUUGGACAUCGCAGGUGGGUAAGAGACUGGAAGUGACAGCACUUUCACACAGAAGACAAACUGACAUGUCAAAGUAGUAACAGUACAUAUGGUACUGAUAACAUGAAAAAUGGCUGUGUUCAAUUUAAGUGUCACUGCACCUGACAGGACCACAGUGCACGGAGCCAGCCUGCACAAAAGCUUAGCUCCGGAAAAGCAGAGCAGAUAAAUGGAAUCCAGCCAUCAGUCAUUUUGGUUUUGUUUUUUUUUUUUUACCUCUGUGCUGUUUUGUACUGAGACAUGUCAAAAUGUCCGCUGUGAUAAAGGCCAAACGAUUAAUUAUCUGAAGAAGCGGUCUGCUCUGCCCUGGUAAGUGCCUACAACAAAAAGUACAUGUGGUUAAAAAACAAAUCAGAAAAAAAAGAGAAGAAGAGGAAGCAACACCGAGGGAACCCUUCAACCACAGCGAACAUGGCCAUGUCAUCACUGCAGAACCACAAGUUAUUCUCCGGUACUUUUAGUGCAAAUACUUUCUCAGUAUUUUUAGCAUACAUAUUUUAAGAAAAAAAAAACAUUUCCUUGUUGCUUUGGAUGUAAAGUCAAAAAGCCAUUUUUAUAUUUACUGUAUUAUACGUGAUCAAUGGGCACAACAGACUAAUUAAGAAAAGUGCUAAGAAAAAAAAAUAAAUGUCAUUGUUUCUUUUACAAACGCUUGUU